CAGCACCACUCCCCUCCCUUUCCGUGUCUGUUCCUCUCGCUUCGCUGUCAGCGCACGAUAACUCGUAUCUCCUCCCGAAACCUGAGCGCCGGUGUCCCCCCCCUCCCCGGCCCCGCACGCAACAUGGCUACGAUCGUCACCUCCACCAGGUUCACGGACGAGUACCAGCUUUACGAGGAGCUCGGGAAGGGUGCUUUCUCUGUGGUCCGCAGAUGCGUGAAGAAAUCCACCGGGCAAGAAUAUGCUGCUAAAAUUAUCAACACGAAGAAACUUUCGGCGAGGGAUCAUCAGAAACUGGAGCGUGAGGCGCGGAUCUGCCGGCUGCUCAAGCAUCCCAACAUCGUCAGACUCCAUGACAGUAUCGCUGAAGAAGGCUUUCACUAUCUCGUCUUUGACCUUGUCACUGGCGGUGAGCUGUUUGAGGACAUCGUGGCCCGAGAGUACUACAGCGAAGCUGAUGCCAGCCAGUGCAUCAGUCAGAUUCUGGAGAGCGUCAAUCACAUCCACCAGCAUGACAUCGUGCACAGGGACCUCAAGCCAGAGAAUUUACUCCUGGCCAGUAAGAUGAAGGGAGCCGCAGUGAAGCUGGCGGACUUCGGCCUGGCAAUCGAGGUGCAGGGGGAUCAGCAGGCGUGGUUUGGUUUUGCAGGCACUCCUGGUUACCUCUCUCCAGAGGUCCUCAGGAAGGACCCAUAUGGCAAGCCUGUCGAUAUCUGGGCCUGUGGUGUGAUCCUUUAUAUCCUGCUUGUGGGAUAUCCCCCUUUCUGGGAUGAAGACCAACAUAAACUCUACCAGCAGAUCAAAGCGGGUGCUUACGAUUUUCCCUCCCCGGAGUGGGACACCGUUACCCCUGAGGCCAAAAACCUCAUUAACCAGAUGCUAACCAUCAACCCGGCCAAAAGGAUCACAGCUGAGCAGGCCCUCAAACACCCGUGGGUCUGUCAACGCUCCACUGUGGCCUCCAUGAUGCACCGUCAAGAGACUGUUGAGUGCCUACGCAAGUUCAACGCUCGGAGGAAGCUGAAGGGAGCCAUUCUCACCACCAUGCUGGUGUCCCGAAACUUCUCAGUGGGCCGGCAGCAUACCAGCCCUGCUGCUGCCACCACCAGCACUGCCGCGCUGGCACAGGAAGCUUGCAAAAGCUUACUCAACAAGAAAUCGGAUGGAGUCAAGCCGCAAUCAAACAACAACAAAAACAAUGUAGGGGGCGGAAACAAAGACGGCGGCUCUUCAUCCGUCCCCAUGGAGCCUCAAACCACUGUUGUUCACAACCCUGCUGAUAGUGUCAAGGGCUCCACCGAGAGCUCCAACACCACAGAAGAGGAGGAGAUGAAAGCUAGUAAAGUGUCGGGGCACGGGGCCAGCUGCGACAGUGCCGUGAUGAGCCAGUGCAGCGCCACUGAAGAGCCGCCAAUGCAGCGUCUGCUGGCCACUCGGAAGCAGGAGAUCAUCAAGAUCACAGAACAGCUGAUUGAGGCCAUCAACAAUGGAGACUUCGAGGCUUAUACGAGAAUAUGUGAUCCUGGCCUGACCUCCUUCGAACCGGAAGCGCUUGGGAACCUCGUGGAGGGAAUGGACUUCCACAAGUUCUACUUUGAGAACUUGUUGAGUAAGAACAGCAAGCCGGUGCACACCACCAUCCUGAACCCGCACGUGCACCUGAUCGGCGAGGACGCCGCCUGCAUCGCCUACAUCCGCCUGACGCAGUACAUCGACAGCCAGGGCCGGCCUCGCAGCUGCCAGUCGGAGGAGACGCGCGUCUGGCGUCGCCGCGACUCCAAGUGGCUCAACGUGCAUUUCCACUGCUCUGGGGCACCAGCUGCACCCCUACAGUGAACUCCCAGCAGGCAGCUCGCCUGAUUUCUUAGGGAGGCUGGAGCACUUCGUCUCCAAAGUUGGAUCGGCGCCCAAGGCUGGUUGGAGAUGACGUCUCAGCGUUAAACAAAAAAAAAAUUGAGGGAAAUAAAGUUAAAAAAAAAAAAUAUAUACAAAUGUAGAAACCACCUGAGAGCAGCACCACUAAUCCAGUGUAAUCCUAGGCUAGUCAGACGGUGGGGGCCAGUUGCCGUGGCAGCUCGGCCUUGGGGGUCAGUGCAUGCACCUGCUGCCCACAAGGGGGCGCCGAGUCGCCCCUUUUCCACGGAUCCAGCUUCCUUGCCCGUUUACAAUGUCCAGAAGGUGUGUUAAAAUAUAUCUUAAAUUACGUUUAUAUAUGCAUAAAAUUACUAUAAUAAUGAUAAUGAGUUGUGUAAGACAAACAUUUGUGUAAGUAAACAUAGGAGAUGCAGAAAGUGACGUUCAGACUGAAACAGGAAAAAAAUGCACACAAACCUGAAAUUUUUGAAUGUAUAUUUCAGGCUUUGGACGCAACUCUUCACGUGUGAUAGGGUGUGUAUUCUUAGACAAAAUAAGUGAGUCUCAGAAUUUGAAGCACCAAAGUCUAGACUUUAGGCAUUUAAAACAUUUUAAUGUUAGUUUUUUUCUUCGGAAGAGUGGGACAGAUUCUUUUCGUACCUGGCUGCGUGUUUCUCGAACUCUUGAGUUAUUGUAUUUCGGGGUUUUUCUGUUUCCAGCAAAAUAAUUUUUAAAAGGGGGAUAUUUUUAAUUUAAACUACAUAUUAUGUAUUUAUGUAUGUAGGCAUGUGUAUGUAUGUGUAUGUACACACAUGCAAGUAUAGAUGUUAUGUAAAUAUAAGAGCGAAAAGUGAAAUUUGAGUUUCACUUUCAGGGUUUAAGAAAAGAGUUUUGUGUCUUUGUACUGUCUGUAUGAAAAACCUCCCCUUCUGCUGCUUACUAGGCAAAAAAAUAUAUAUGUACACAAAUAUGUGUGUGUGUGUGUGUAUAUACAUAUAUAUUUUAAAAAAAGGCACAAAGACAGAACUCUAAACCUCCGCUGGGUUGGGGUGUCUCACUGCACCAGCUCCCUUCCCGGCCACACUUGAAGUUGCAGAAUGUGCACUGUGUUCCGCGCUGAGGAUGGAAGCCCUUAGGGAGCUCAGGGGUCACUGGGGCCGCAGAGCGACUCUGACCGUCACUCGAGCCGUUUCUGUCCAGGCAGAGCUGCACGCAGCUCUCGUGCCGUCCCGCGCAGACCUUCAUUUCCGAACCCCAAACUGAUGCCAUUUUGGGCAAUUUAAAGGGAGAGGUUUUCCUUUUGUUUAUUUUUUUAAUGGCGCGAACUGUUUAGCAUGCUCGCUUUGAGACUCGAUACUGUUACGUUCACUGUAGGUGGACAUUCUGCAAUUUCAGGUUGGCCUUUCCCUGCGGGGGACUUGGGGAACGGGGGACUCCAGACCGUUGAUUUUUCACCCCACCUCGUCGUGCGUCAGUCUGCCCCUUUGGGUGGUGUUGCUUUUGUUGUCCCGUGACAUUUGUUUCGCCCAGUGUCUUCUAUUGCUGACCCUGUCAGGCCGGUUAAGGACCGUACACUGUUCCUGCUCGGGUGGGGAAUGUGCUCGUGGUUACUUGUCACAUGAUCUGAGGUUUCACAGGGUGAUUAUUCAAGUGUAUGUUUCAAGCAAGGGUUUAGUCUGUUGAUUUUUAUCGUUCCUGUUUGUGGUGCUUGUGGCAGUGGUGUUCUCGUGAUGUCUCGUAUAUUUUUUUUUCCUAAAAGUAGUUGUGGAAUUGGAUAAGAACGUUCAAGCCCAGGGUAUUUUGUAGGGAGGGAGUCAAACACACACACACACACAGAUACAGACAGCGACAGACACACACACACUCACAGACACAUGGGAACGGUACCCAUGAAUCUGUAGUAUGGUUACAGAUAUCAAACGGCACAGUAUACUGGUGUGUGAUCCGAGUGGGAGAAUGAGAGGGAGAGAGAGAGACACACACACACACACACACACACACACAAGUUUGCACAGACUACAAGCGGGGCUGUAUAUCAAGAUGAAACAGCCAGCCAAUCAGUUAGUCCGGAUCUUCCAGGAGGGUUUGCUGAUUGGAGGAGCAGUAUGUUUUCAGUAUAGGCCAAUGGGAGAGAAUUUACAAACAGAGGUGGGUGGUGAGGGACAAUUCCCCAAAAAUGAAGAACUUCUGCAACAACAUUUUCUAUAGAUAUAUAAAUUGUGACACUGUGCCUCCCCCCCCCGCUCCCCGCCUUGUUCUGCAUUCUCGCGCCCCUGUGUAACUCGCUGUCCAGCUCGUCAUAUCACUGCCGUAUCGCGACCCACGUGACGUACUCUAAAAUGUCAGUAUAUCCCCUCCUGGAUUGAUGUAUGCUGUAGGGGCUGGCUGCCUCGUCCAGCCACACAGGGUUCACUGUAUGUAUGUAGGCGUGCAAGGCCAAGGAUUCUGCGUGUGGAUGACAAUUAGCUGUUGCAGUUCACUGCAAAGCCAAUAGGCGGAACAAGAGACACUAAUCGAGGGUAGUAAAGUACACAACUGGCAGUGCAAUGCCAGUGCUCAGCUUGUUUGCAGUGUACUCAAUCUUGAUUAUUAGAAGCCACACAGAUUAUUAAGAAAAAAAAAUAUAUAUGCAGUUUUACAAAAAGGAAGAUAUAUGCAUGUGUACUUUCUGGUUAAAACACUUAAAAUAAAUCUAUGUUAGUUGCAUCUGAGGUAAAUGAACUGGUCCAUCUUAAGUGGGGAAUCACCUUUUAAGAGAAUUGGUGAAAUGGAGAGGCCUCCGCUUGGUAAUACUCCAUCCUUAUUAGCCAAUCUGCUGCAUUGUGACAGUGUAUUAUGGGCCAAUCUCAAUAUAUGCUGAGUUUUAAAUUUGGAUGCUGGUUUUUGCAUGAUGACAAUUUAAAAACAUGAAGUAACAAAACUCAAGUGUUUGAAUGUUAAGUCUUCAUCAUAAGUUUGUUAUUACUGACUUGAUCUGAAAAGUAUUUAAUAAAAAUAACCUUUAAUGCU